AUGGUGUCGCAACAGACCAUUCGCCGGAUUGUCCUUACCGGCUCCAUCAGCGCAGUCACCAUCACCGGCGCCAUCUACGGUGCUGGCCUGAAGUUCCAACAGGAGCACAAGCAGGCGCAGAAGACGGUCUACGAAUUGCCUGUCGAGGAACGCAUUGCAGGGCUGCAGACGAAGCGAGCGCGUCUUGUUUCGCAGAAGGAAGACCUGGAGCGAAAGAUUGCAGGCCUCGAAGCACGCCGACCUCCGGUGGCAAAGUCCCAGCCCUCCGACUGA